AUGUAUGACAUUCUAAGACAUCCUUUCGUGAUCCUCUUGAUUCAGAUCAACGCCGUGAAAGUUGCGCUCGAAGUCCCAAUCAUCAAUGAUCUCGCUCAUCAAAGAUACAACAUAUCCAUUGCGCUCGGCACACCACCCCAGCUAUUCUCGUUACUUUUCGAUACCGGAUCGUCAGAUAUAUGGGUACCCCUACCAAACUCAGUAGGGUGCGCCCCAGAUUGCCCUCGAGGAUUCAACACCGCGAGAUCAUCAUCAAUUGUGGACAUUAGCGUGCCUUUCGAUGCACGAUACGGUCUUACGCCCGACCUUGCAGUCCUGGGGUCGUAUUACAACGACACAGUAUCAGUCGCGAACCUUGCUGCUUUUACAAACGUGCAAUUCGCAGUAGGAAAUGUUCCGAAGCGUCUCUUCACACAGGGUAAUUGGGGCAUCUUUGGCAUGGGUUCGCGGUACAACGAAGCCGUAUAUUCGGGUCCUACCUCGCCAUUUCGUGGGAACAAGAAUGCCACCUACACACCGUUGUGGGAGAGAAUCGCGCUGGCAUCGCCGUCGAGCAAGAAGAGAUUCAGCGUCUGGAUGAACAGCCAGAGCGCGGCGCAAGGCUCGGUGUUGUUCGGAGAGGAAGACUCGACAAAAUAUCAUGGCGCGCUGAAGACUCUACCAUUGAACUUGGUUGAUGGGGAAUUGAGGGGGUGGAACGUAAAUGUUACAGGUGUGACACGCAUCUUUUCCGAGAACGUGAAAGAACGACUGACACCAGGAACUUACGCCGUCGACUUCACUGUAGACACCGGAAGCCCGAAUCUGUACGUUCCUACUGAACUCUACAAGGCGAUUGUCAAAGGCCUCAAAGCCACUGAUAUCAUCAACGGAGCUCCAUAUGUUCCAUGCUCUCUCAAGAACUCUUCGACGGAACAUCUCGAAUUUGAAUUUCCGGUCAGAGCGCGGACGCACCACACUGACGAUUUUGCCAGCAUUCGUGUACCAUACGGGGAACUCAUAUAUCCAUUCGGCUUGCCGUCCACAGUGCCCCCGGUCAGGAAUGCAGACGGCGUGGAGAUGUGUUACUUUGGAGUGGUUCCGAACGAUGGGCCCAUUCGAUUGCUUGGUGCAUCCUUCAUUCGGAGCGCAUAUAUCGUAUUUGAUGCAGACCAAAAAGCCUUGGAGAUCGCGCAGGCCAAGUGGAAAGCCUAG